UUAGCUCGUCAUGGCUCGUUAGCCGCUAACGCUACGUGCCUCAGCACCUGUCUCCAGCCUCUUUGUCUCCCUCCUCUCGCUGCUUCUGGUUCCUCUUAUCUGCUAGUCCUCGGAACUUGUAACAGUAACCCGGUCCAGCUCACUCCGCUCCGGUCCCAGAUGUCCGCCCUUCGCUGAGUCAGCUGACGGACCGAGAACCGGCUCCGUCCAGAAAUGCCUGUAUCCGUCCCGCUGGAGGUCUGUAAACCCAAAUAGUCAGCGGGUCCCGAUAACAGGACAUGGCGUCUUCCAAAGCGAAGGUCGGAGUCAACGGGGAGCCGAACUCCCUGAAGGAAAGUAAAAGUAAUGGCACCAGUCAGGUCGGGGAAGCGGCGCCCAAUAAGCGGAUUUACUGUCUGGACGACCUGGAGACCGUGGCCACAGUGGGCACCGGGACCUUUGGCCGAGUCUUCCUGGUCAAGGACAAGCAGAGCCGAGCCUUCUACGCCCUAAAGCAGAUGAGGAUCCCAGACGUGAUCAGACUGAAGCAGGAGCAGCAUGUCCACAACGAGAAGGAGGUUCUGACAGAGGUCAACCACCCCUUCCUCAUCCGGCUGUUCUGGACGCACCACGACGAGCGCUUCCUCUACAUGCUGAUGGACUACGUGCCGGGCGGCGAGCUGUUCAGCUACCUGCGCAGCCGCGGGCGCUUCAGCAACGCCACGGGCCUCUUCUAUACCUCUGAAAUCGUAUGCGCCAUCGAGUACCUCCACUCCAAAGAUAUCGUGUACCGCGACCUGAAACCUGAGAACAUCCUGCUGGACGGGGAAGGACACAUUCGCUUGACCGACUUCGGCUUCGCCAAGAAGCUCUCUGACAGGACCUGGACCCUGUGCGGCACUCCAGAGUACCUGGCCCCUGAAGUCAUCCAGAGCAAAGGCCAUGGCCGAGCGGUCGACUGGUGGGCUCUGGGCAUCCUCAUCUUUGAAAUGCUGGCUGGGCACCCGCCGUUCUUUGACGACAAUCCAUUCGGGAUCUACCAGAAGAUCCUGGCCGGAAAACUGGAAUUCCCACGCCACCUGGAUUUCUAUGUCAAGGAUCUCAUCAAGAAGUUCCUGGUCAUUGACCGAGCCAGACGUCUAGGCAACAUGAAGAACGGAGCAGAUGACGUGAAGAAGCACCGAUGGUUCAAGACCAUCGACUGGGAUGCAGUUCCUCUGAGAAAGCUCAAGCCUCCCAUCCUCCCCAAGGUUUCCCACGAGGGCGACACUUCAAACUUUGAUGUUUACCCAGAGGAGGACUGGAAGAAAGACCCGCCUGUUCCUCAGAAGGACCUGGAGAUCUUCAAGAACUUCUGAUGACUUUGUCCGGCUUAUUUAUUGAUGAACUGUCUGGAGCGAUACAACAUAUUAUCAAGUUACUGUCACAGGUACUGCUGUAUCACGGAGAAAACCCCUAUUUAUCAGAGUAGAGGAGUCACAGUUUGUCUGUAAUAGUACACUCUCCGAAUGACAGAGAAUUGGCCUUUUAUAGUUUUUAUUUAUCUGAUUGAAGUCGAUUCUUUUGCUAUUCUACAUUUUUUAUGAUCCUGCUCAUAUGCAAAAAGACAUACUUCUGUUAAAACCAAAAGACUGUUACUUUGUAAGUUUGAGAAAGCAUAUAAUCAGGUCUUCUUUUUUUAUAUCGUCACAUUUUUACCUUUUUGUUUGUCAGUGUUGAUGUCGUCCUAUUUAACGUGACUCAGACUGGUGCUGUGCCGUCAGCUAGUCAGUGCUUAUUAACGUGCACACUCACAUGCAUGUGUAGUCAUGAGUCGGACACUUCCUUCAAAGACGCGUGGCCAGUCGCACUUGUAAACAGGUGCCUUACAUCAUAGUUCGAUGGCAUGAGGGUCGGUGGUUCCCUGAAGCUCACUUGAAGCCGUGCUUUUGUCAAUCCUGCGAGCUUCCCUGUGGAGCUGCUGGACGUUGGGUGCCGUGGAAACCCAGCGGCUGAAUGUGCCGUCACGUCUUUCUCAUCUCUGCAACCCUUUGUUUCGCAUCCAAAGACUUUACAGGCGCAGUCCGAGCUGGUCCGCAGUUAAACCACAGUCUGUCCUUGGCACGUCAUGCUCAUUCCCUUCACCCUUUAUCAUUAUUGUCCUGCUUUUAAAGCCACGGCAUGUGAGGUGAGCGCUUCCCGUCAGGAUCCAGGGUCCUCAGUAUUUGCUCAGUAUUGAUUCCUGUGGGUCGAGCUUAAACUCAAGAGAGUUUGAUGAGUUUGCAGGUAUUAUAAGACACUGACCGUCGACUUCUCCAUUUUGUUUGCUGCCAUUAAAAUCCACGCUGAUGUGA